AUGGAUAUUCUAAAGGACACUAACCUAUCUUCUCGUGAAGAAUGCGCACGCGCCGCUGCAGUACUACGAUGGACGUUACGUCAAGCGCAUAGAUGCGCAUGCACCGGUGUGCAACUGGCUCGUGAUUUAUUGGUACUUGGCGUGCCUAGAGCACACGCGGCAGCACUGGCUGAAGCGGCUGAUAACACUCGAGAUGCUUAUGAGGCUAAUGUUAAGAGCAACGGUUUUAUAAUUAAUAAAAUGACGGGCGUAUCCGCAUCGCCAGGACCAGAGGGAACUGUCGACACAGUGCAAUUAACCUUUAUGUCGGAAGAAGUUGUUUCUGGUGAUCAUAUCACAACAGAAUUGCUCAUAGAUAAGACUCAAGUCAAAGAUCUAUUACACGAACUCAAAACUGCGUAUAAUAAAAUGAAUGAUAUAGAUUUAGAAUAA